AACAGAUGGAAAAAUAUAAAAGUCACUUUAGUGCUUCGUAAAUCUUUUUUUUCUUUUUUCGUGUAAUUAAUAAAUCAGAGAUUUAAAUUACAGGUUUUAUUAAACUUUUAAGAUCAAGAGGCAACGGUGAGAAAUAUAUAGCUGUAAAACAUAAAAUAAAACCAGAUAGUUGGAAAAUGUUAGCAGCGUUCUCGAAGAAAGCAUAGUUCAUUGCGCGAAGGAGAAAUCGACAAUACAAUCAUGUCCAUAUUUGGCUGGGGCAACACAGAACAUGGCGAACUUGGACUGGGCGGCAUUGAGGAAGAAGAGAUUUUGGAACCCCGAGAAAUACCCUGGAAACCAGAACACUCUGUAAUCAGCAUAGGAUGCGGCCUCGAGCAUACUUUAUUUUUGACUUCAGACGGAAAAGUAUACUCAUGCGGAUGUAAUGAUUUUGGUCAAUUGGGUCACCAACAGAUGACUAAGCGGCCACAGCUUAUAAAUGAUCUCGGUAAUACUGUUAUCACGGAAAUAAGUGGUGGCGCUAGGCAUUCAUUAGCGCUCAGUGAAUGGGGCCAGCUUUACAGUUGGGGUCAUAACGACUAUGGGCAACUGGCACAACAAGAUGGAUUAGAUGUUGUGCCUUCCCCGAAAAUGAUCAAAAAACUUGCUACUCAAACUGUUAUACAAAUAGCAAGUGGUUAUAAUCACAGUCUUGCAUUAACUAAUUGUGGCGCUUUAUACUCUUGGGGUUCAAACAUCUAUGGCCAAUUAGGAGUAUCACCGCCAAGUGAAUUGGCUCACGCCACGUCUCCUCGUAUAGUAAACUCAUUGCUGGGAAUACCUAUUGCUUUUAUUGCAUGCGGGGGCAAUCAUUCUUUCAUUAUCUCAAAAUCUGGUGCUGUAUUUGGCUGGGGACGCAAUAAUAGCGGACAAUUAGGACUAAACGACACUACACAUCGACAUUUUCCAACACAAUUGAGAACAAUUCGUAGCCUGCGUGUGCGCUAUAUAGCCUGUGGUGAACAAUAUUCUGUAUUUUUAACCAACGAUGGUGGUGUUUUCACAUGUGGCAAAGGUUCAUACGGUCAGCUGGGACAUGGCGGCAACAUGAAUGAAGUAUUGCCAAGAAAAGUAACUGAGUUAAUGGGUAGUACAGUUACCCAAAUUUCAUGCGGAGCCCAACAUACGCUUGCUUUAGUGCCAUCUCGUGGUAGGGUGUACGGUUUUGGAUUAGGUUGUUUUGGACAAUUCGGUACACGCAAAGUGAAUAGCUGUUCGCUGCCACAAGUCAUGGUUGGACCUUGGGUAUCUCCCAGCGGUUCCAAACUACUGAAUACUGAGACCAAAGAUAAUCCAGACAUGGGUUUUGUAAUACGGCAAAUUUUUUGUGGGGGCAAUCAUUCAUUUGUAACUACCUCUCAAUUCAUUGACAAUAUACUUGCCUUCGAUUGUCGCAUUUACGAGCCUAAAACUCAAAUCAUGUGUAUAACUAGUGAAUUAGCCAAGCAAUGUGCAAUGGUUGAGAAGGAUUCAUCAAUCGACUUGGACCUAUUAACAACCGUAGAAGUGAUUUUUAAAAGUCAAGCUUGCCUUAAUGGAUCCUUUUUGCUUGGAGAUAAGCAUUUUUGUUGCACCUCGAAGCAACCUGGGGUUGACUUAGUAGAAGUUAAACAAACAUUUGACUACAUACGUAAAGUAGAACACGAAAGCCUUAAACAAAUAAUUUGGGACAAAAUUACAAAUGAAAUAAUUACAUCCCUCAUGCCAUCGCCGGCGGACGUAGAAACUUUAAGACUUUAUUUAAUUUUGCCUUUAUAUCAUGAAUUUGUUAAUUCUAAAAAUUAUGAAAAUCUUCAUACGCCCUUUAGCAAUGCUGUACUUCGACUUAAGGAGAUACCUAGGAAAAUUGUUAUUAUGUGGUGGGCCCAAACGCCUAUUGAAUGGUUUGAAAAUUUGGUGUCGAGCUACAAAAAUGUAGUUGCUCACAUUAUCAGUUUUAAAAUAGCUGCAAACUCCAGAGGUCACUUUGAAAAGAAGCUCGUUACUUACAAUUCCAACUUGUCAGCAGCUUUAAAUUUGCUGGUUGUGCUUCAUCGCAUUAAUCAUAAAGAGCGUGCUGAAAAAAUAGAUUAUGACAUUUUCCACUGGCCAGAACUGACCGAUUAUGUUGACAUUCAACAAGAUUACAUACAUUGGCUCUUUGAGAAGAAUCCCGAUACUUUCAAUAUAUGUAAUUAUCCGUUUUUGUUCAAUGCAUCAGCUAAAACAACGCUGCUCCAGACAGAUCAAGCUAUCCAGAUGCAUGCGGCAAUGCAAAACGCCGCCAAUUCGGGAAUACUUUCGCUGUUAACAUUUGGAACGCCUAUUUCACAGUUCAUUGUUUUAAAUGUUUCUCGCGAGAAUUUAGUGCAGGACACUUUGCGGGAAAUAAUGCAAUAUAGUCAAAGCGACUUGAAAAAGCCACUGAAAAUCAAAUUUCAUGGAGAAGAGGCCGAAGACGCUGGUGGUGUUCGAAAAGAGUUCUUCAUGUUGUUAUUAAGAGACCUUUUGGAUCCGAAAUACGGCAUGUUCAAAGAAUUUGAAGACUCACGUACACUUUGGUUUGCUGAUGUUACAUUUGAAACAGAGGAUAUGUAUUUCUUGAUUGGAGUGAUAUGUGGCCUAGCGAUAUACAAUUUUAUUAUAAUAAAUUUACCAUUCCCAUUGGCGCUUUAUAAAAAGUUACUUGAUGAACCUGUUGAUAUUAGUGAUUUGCGCGACAUUUCACCUGCAUUAGCCAAUUCUAUGGAAUCCAUUUUGAAUUACAAUCAAAUUGAUUUCGAAGAGGUUUUCAACUUAAACUUUGAAAUAUCCCGUGAUAUCUUUGGUGAAGCGAUAACCGAGGAGCUAAAACCUAAUGGUAGCCAAACAGCUGUUACUUUGGAGAAUAAAAAAGAGUUUGUAGACUUAUAUGUUGACUUUAUUUUCAACAAGGCAGUGGAGAACCAGUUUACCGCGUUUCGUAAAGGAUUUAUGAAGGUAUGCUGGGGACGUGUACUGCAAAUAUUCAAACCCGAUGAAUUGAUGGCUGUGGUUGUUGGCAACGAAGAAUAUGACUGGCAAGCGCUGGAGCUACAAUGUGAAUACAAAAAUGGUUACAAUUCCGGCGAUCAGACGAUAAGAUGGUUUUGGGAGGUCUUCCAUGACUUACCGGAAAGUGAAAAGAAAAAGUUUCUUUUAUAUUUGACAGGAAGUGACCGUAUACCCAUUCAGGGAAUGAAGGCCAUUAAAAUUUGUAUACAACCAACAAAUGACGACCGAUUUCUCCCUGUAGCUCAUACGUGUUUCAAUUUAUUAGAUUUGCCUCGCUACAAUACAAAAGAACGUUUGAAAUAUAAGUUACUUCAGGCCAUUCAACAAACUCAGGGUUUUAGCUUAGUAUGACUUAUAAAUACAAAUUUCAAAUUAAAAAUUACAUUAAGAAUAAUUCAUUAUUUUCGCCAGACAAAAAAUUCCUAUAAGGGUAUACAUGAAUUUGUUUUCGUUGAGGCGAUAGGUUGUUUUGAAUAUUGAUAGAAAAUUUUUAUUGUUUGAUCCAAAAUUUUUAAUGAAACUGUUUGCAUGUGUAAGCAUAUGUAUUUAUGAACAUAAUAUUUGCAAAUAAUAAAAUGUAUUGAAAGUUUCGCGUUAAA